AUGAUUGAAGGAAAAGAUGACAGAGGGAGCAAGAAGCAGAGUGAUUUGUCCAAGCACAAGGAUGCGGAGCAAAGGAAGGAGGACAGGAGGGAGGACCGGAGAUGGGCUACCACAGAAGUGGAGCGGAGUGAAGUCAAGACUGAGCAAACCGCUCCUGAGAAAGAUCACUCUCAGCAAGUGAGUAAGACCGAGGUCGAGCCAAAAGGAACUUGGACAGUUGAGGUCUCGAUCGCCGUCUCGGCGCAAAGCUUGGGGCAAUUUGUGAUUUCACCACUGGACUUGGUUCAAGACUUAAAAGCCAGGAUUGCCUCUCAACUUUGCCCAACAAGACCCUGGGCUGUAAAUGGGAAACUCUUGCAUGGCUCUAGUGUGCUGGAGGAAAAGGAUUCCUUGAAGGAUGCAGGAGUGGAAGACUCGUCAGACCUUCAGUUCCUCUCACUGAUGACAGUUUCCAGAGAGGAUGCCCUUCCCAGGAACGAACUCCUUUUGCUUCCAGAAGUUCUGAACCAGGUCUUGAACCCUUGCACCAUCAAAGCUUAUCAACCAAAGGUGCAGUGGGUCUUGGAGAGCUUUGUCACGAGGGGAUCUGACGCAGAACUGGAGCAAGACUGGGCACAUGCGAGUGCCAGAGAAGGCGUCCAAUGUGAGGAUUUGACCAACCCCGAAGGGUCUGAUGAGCUGUGGCUUUGCUUCAGGGAUGGACACCUGGGUGCCUUGAGACACCGGAAGUAUGUGAUGACAUGCAACUACCAGAAAGGCCUGCUACGCUUGAGCUACUUUGGGCUCAAUGAUGGAUCUUUCGUUCCCAGCGAGGCACCGCCACAUGGAUGGCACGAAAGGGACUCCGACGGCGAUCAAAGGGGUCGGAGCGCUGCGCCGCUCCUGGCACCUAUUCUCGGCAACAUGAGGCAGAACAACUUGGUGACCUGCUUUACGAUGGCCUCUCAGCAGUUGGCGUUGCCCUGCUCAUUGCUCGCGCUGAAGUCUGAGGGCUUUGAAGUGUUAGAGGUCCUGUCAGCAGAUCGGUUGCAUGGAUUUGGCUUGCGGGUGGCCUUUGACCUGCUGCUCGCUGUGAGGUCUGUCAAGACGCUUGAGACGUGCAUUGUCGCUGCUUACUUUCACCCUAUGAUGACCGCUUCCGAGUUCACCGUGGAUACGUCCAGCGAAGACUUCUCGCAGAGGUAUUUCAACCAAAAGAUUUUCCGGAGUCUCCUCGACGCAUCGGUUGGUGACAGCAUUGACCAAGUUUUGGUCAUGUGGCACAUCGACCUGGUGCAGACGCUCCGUUUCACCUUUGGGCCCAUUCCUCCUGCCUUUCGAAGCUUCCGCCAGCAGCUUGCAAAGCAAUGGCUGCCCGAAAGCCAAUCGAGGAUUCAGAGUUUCAAUCAGCUCUUGCAACAUGAACUGGUGGCCCAGAUCCCAUUGGAACCUUAUUUGUUGGAGCUACCGAAGACGGUCUGUCCCAAUCCUUCCUGCCCUGCUGGCUCUGACUGUGCCAAGCAUCAACACCUUUUCUCGCUUUCGGUGGCACCUGUUUGCCCCGGUGGAGACCGGUGCAAUCGAAACCUGAAGCGCCGGGUUCGCCCCUGCCGGCGCCACCAUUGCCGCGGGCCAACAGGUCAAGCUGGAUGCAAUUGCAUACGACUCUGGAUCCCAACGGUGGCUGGUGCUCGAUGGUCAGCGAGCCGUGCGAGCCCAAAGGGCAAGGCCAAAGCGAAGAGCAAGAAGAAGAGCUAUGUCGAGGCGGAGGACGAAGAGAUUGGAGGCCUGGAGAAGUUGAGGAGCUUCCUCAGUCUUGAGAUCACUGCAACUGGCAACAGUGGGCAGAAGCAACCGUACAAAUCUUCCGAAAAGUGCUUGAAAGACUUAGCAAAUCUCAGCUACCCAUACCAGUUGAAGGUGUAUUUGAGAAGACCCUACAGGCGGAAGGAGUUGUCCAACGGAACCGAAAGCUACCCAGUUGGGAUUUUUCUGGUCGACUACGCUGCUCAACACGCCACGGCGGAAUUGGUUGCGAUCUUACUCCAGGAGAAGCUUGGCUACAAAGUGAAGAGGAUGAUUGACGGCAAGCUCACGUCCGAUGCCUUCUACGCCCUGGCAGGUUGCCUCCAGCCCUCGGACAGUUCCAACCGGAGAUGCGGCGAUCAGAUGCAGACCCGUGCGCACAUCAGCGUGGAGGGCUGGACCUCAGGAUAUCAAACAGAGUGGGACGAGCUUCAGCGAAACUCUCCAUCCUUUGCUCCCAGGAAUCUGGGCAACAUGGGAUAUCAAGGCUCUGCUGGAAUGUUCAUUUCAGCCACUGUGCAGGAAAAGGCUUAUCGAAGCGAGGGCUUGUCCUUGGACUUCUACAGAGACUACAACGUCUCGUGGGAGGAUCCGGGGCGAUACUUCACCCGACCGCAAGACAUUAACGUGUCGAAGUUGCUGCCCUGCGAGAAGACCUCUUUGAUGCAUGUGGGACAGAUGGCCGCGUACCUCAAAGUGACGGGCGAUCACGAGGGUGUCAUCGUUCAAGGUGAUGGAACAGUCAUCGGCCGAUGCUUCGACGGCUACUUCUGGCGUGCCCCCACGUGUCGAAGCAAUGCUUCCAGUUGUAUUGCCAUGAUCAGUGGCGGUUCCGGGUGGAGCGUUCUCGCACAUUUGCAGCAGGCAACCUUCCAUAGCAUGCCUUUGGUGUGGGCGGUGGGAAGCACUUGGGGAAGCUUCACGUCCCUGCCGAUGGAGUACACGACGAUGUUUUACUGGUGGACGCCAGACCCGACGUUCUUGAGGUUGAAGGCGAUGCCUAUCAUUUUCCCACCCUACAAUCGCCGAGAAUAUGAGAGUGGGAUCCAGCGAACAGCUGCAGCUGCAAUUUCCAUCGACAAGUACGUGAGUCAGGACUUGCACGUACUGGCUCCGGAGAUUGAAGAGUUCAUGUCUUCCUACUUGGUGGAGAUGCAAGAUGUAGAUGAAAUCAUGUUGGACCAACUUGAGUCAAAGGAGUCCUUCUUUGCCGCUGCAUGCCGAUGGCUGAAGGCCAAUGAGGACCGGUGGCUGAAGUGGCUUCCAGACAAGACCAAGUGCUUCCCGCGCUAUGGGCUCUUCAGCGACAAGGAAGAAAUCUUUGUAAAGAGCCGCGCCUCCGAGACCGAUUUGAGCUGUCAGCCUUGCCGACCGGGUUUCUUCUCACUACCCUUGGAGGACCAUGAUGGCAGCACCUUCAUUUGUCAAGAAUGCGAUGUCGGCACUUAUCAGGUCUUUGGAGCGUCCAUCGCUUGCGAUCCCUGUGGAACUGGCGAAUAUCAGGAUGAAACCGGCAGCAAGUCCUGCAAAAGGUGUGGCUUUGGAGAAUACCAAGACAUCAGUGGCCAAAGCGGGUGCAAGCAAUGCCCAGUUCAAACGACGACAGGUGGGAUGGGUUCGAGGUCUAUUCACGAUUGCGGCUGUCUGGCGACGACCAUCAACAUGGCGGAACGAGGUGGCUUCCUGUGCCAGCCUUGCCCCAAGGGCCUCCACUGCCCCUUUGCCUCGAGCUUGCCCAGUUUGCAACAUCAAGUGGCUGACCCACAAGCUCAACAUCCGCCGCAGGUCAUGGAAGGCUACUAUUCCGAGCCCGCAGAGCCCUUGAGCCUUUAUAAAUGUGAGCCUUCAGAGCACUGCCCCGGUGGUGGACCGGGAGAAUGUGCCGGAGGUCUCAUGGGCAUCCCGUGCGCCAUGUGUGAUGCAGGGCAAAACUGGAAUGGCCAAGGAUGUACAGAGUGCCAAGACGAAGCACCUCUUGUAUGGGCAGUGAUUCUCAUCCUUUUGCUGCUGGUCCUGCUGAAAGCCUACGACUUUGUAGAGUCAACGAGUAGAGCAGAAGCCUCAUCUUUUCAGGCAUGCACAUUCGCAGCUGGCAUUGGCAUCAACGUGGUUCAGAACAUGGCCAUCUUCGGACUGAUGUCUGUGCGAUGGUCACCCUCUGUGAGCGUCACCAGCCAGUCCUUACGUGUGGUCCUGUUGGAUGUGGAUCAGUUGGGCCUCGGCUGCCUCACCGGCAAGAGCAAUUUCAUGCGCUUUCUUGCCAGUGGAUUAGUCUUCCCACUUGCUUCGAUCUUCUUGCUUUCCCGCUGGUUGGCAUCACCACUGCUGAAACCACUGGAGAGUUGCUACAGCUGUCCGACAUUCUGGCCAGAGAGACUGAAGUUGGGAGUUAAACCCUGGAAGCUUUACAAGACCUUCAACACCAUUGGUGCUUUGCUGACGGUGGGAUUUGCCACUUUGAGCGCUGUGUCCUUACAACCGCUCAUGUGCUACCACCAUCCCAAUGGCAAGUCGAGCCUGGUGAAGUAUACCGGCACCUUCUGCGGAGACCAUGAGCAGAUCAUCAUGGUGGCUGUUGGAAUGGUACUGAUGGUCUUCGCCCUCAGCUUUUUUGUGACCUGCACCAUUGCGGUCAUCAAGAUCCCGCAGUGGAGUGCUGAGCAGCAUUCCGCGUGGGUGCAAGCCUUUACUUUCCUGACUGCCAAGUUCAGACUGGAUGUGUGGUGGUUUGGCUUGCUAUUGCCCAUCCGAGGAUUUGUCCUCAGCAUGGUGGUGGUCUUGGCCACUGAUCAGCCAGAGCUGCAGGUGGCGCUCGCGAGUCUCAUGAUCCUUUGCUACCUGUGCACGAUGGUGCGAAUGUGGCCAUGGAAGGCGGUGAUCCUCAACUAUGCAGAUGCUGCCUUGUGUAGCUGUUUGCUGCUCUUAGUCAACCAAUCUCCGCACUUUACAACUGAAUCGGAGACCAAAUUCACAGAGGGCUUUUCAUUGGCGAUCAUUGCCUUGGAAGCUGCAUGUUUGUUGCUGACUGCGAUCGUUUGCAUCGUGGCAGUGAUUUCCAGCUAUUGCGGAGGUUCAGGAACGGGAGUGCUCAAUCUCGGCAGUGCCAAUGUGACCAAGAUCUCACAAGCAUUGCGACACACGGCCACGGAGCUCCUGAAGAUUGAAGCCUUUUACCUUCAAAAAAGGCUUUGUGAAAUGAACAACUAUGACUUGGAGAGGAUUAAGGACGUCAUCACUUUGAUGUCCAUGGAUGUGUUUCCUGACACUACUGAGCAGUACCGCUUUCACCGGCGCAUUAGUCUGAAUGUGGCCAGCCGUCACAGCGGCUUCGCGACGCCUGAGAUGCAGAGCAUACCAUUCAGUUUCAAUGACCAGGAGCUGGUGCCCCACGACCUGGAUCAAUCCGAGCAGUCCCAAAGGGACGAGAUCGAGGAGGAUCAACAGGUGAAGCAGAUGCAUGAAUGGGUGCUUGACCGAGGGCCGACGCUUUCGGAAAUGAUGUGA